CUCGGCCCGGCGCGACGUGCGGGGGGAUGGCGGCCGAGGGGCCGGGCGGGCCGCGGUGGUGGCAGAACCGUCGGGCGCGGCUGCUGUGCAUGUUGGCGCUCACGUUCCUGUUCUUCGUGGUGGAGGUGGCGGUGAGCCGCGUCACGGCGUCGCUGGCCAUGCUGUCCGACUCGUUCCACAUGCUCUCCGACGUCAUGGCCCUGGUCGUGGCGCUGGUGGCCGUGCGCUUCGCACAGCGCACCCGCGCCACCAAGAAGAACACGUUCGGCUGGGUGCGGGCCGAGGUGAUGGGCGCCCUGGUCAACGCCGUGUUCCUCACCGCGCUCUGCUUCACCAUCCUGCUGGAGGCCAUCGAGCGCUUCACCGAGCCCCACGAGAUCCAGCAGCCGCUGGUGGUCAUCGCCGUGGGGGUGGCGGGGCUCGUCAUCAACCUGCUGGGGCUCUGCCUCUUCAACCACCACGGCGUCGGCGGACACGGCCAUUCCCACGGCCACGGCCACGCGCACGGGGGCGGCUCCCGGCUCCCCCGGGGCAGCGGCAAGGCCGAGCAGAGCCCCGCCGACGGGGAGGCCGCGCUGCACCGCGACGAGACCAGCACCUUGGUGGAGAACUGCAGCGGCUCCAACGGGCUCAGCCAGGACAAGCUGGGUGAUAUGAAGGAUGACACGACGGACCUACAAGUGAAUGGGAACGCUAGUCAUUAUCCUUUGGAUGUUGAAGAGGUUGAGGAAGACUCCAGCGCACAGCUGAACAUGCGGGGAGUUUUUCUGCAUGUAUUUGGAGAUGCCUUAGGUUCAGUAAUUGUCGUAGUGAAUGCCUUGCUCUUCUAUGGUUUGUGGAAUCCAUGUCCCAAAGAUGGGCCCUGCUUUAAUCCAUGUGUCAAUAGCCAUUGCGUGGAGAAUGCUACUUUAUCCCAACCUCUCGGCAGUGCAAACAAGUCUGAGCAAGAGAGCAUUACAGUGGCUGGUCCAUGCUGGUUACUAUAUUUAGAUCCUGUUCUUUGUUUGAUUAUGGUUUGUAUCCUCCUUUACACAACUUACCCGUUACUUAGGGAAUCGGCCCUUAUACUUCUACAGACUGUUCCCAAACAAAUAGAUGUUCAUUCUUUGAACUCAAAAUUGCGUACCCUUGAAGGAGUUGAAGCAGUGCAUGAAUUACACAUUUGGCAGCUAGCGGGCAGUAGGAUCAUUGGCACAGCUCACAUAAAGUGUCCUGACCCUUCCACGUACAUGAUGGUGGCAAAGCGCAUCAAAGAGAUCUUUCACGAUGAAGGGAUUCAUGCAACUACCAUUCAGCCCGAGUUUGCCAGCGUUGGCUCUGAAUCAGGGAGAGGGAAAUGCGAGUUUCCUUGCAGAACUCAGUGUGCUUUGAAGCAGUGUUGUGGAACAAUAGAAGAUAACGCUGGAAAGAAGACAGAAAAAUCUUCUUCGCUUAGUAUUUCUUGUUCAGAGGUUGUCAUUGAAUUUCCACAUAACAAAACUAGAAGGACUAAAUCGGAGAGUGUACCUGCAGUUAAGCUAGAGGCAAACACCGAUCAAAACGAGCAGUUUGAAUCGUCUUUGUAACUCCCUGAAUGGUGCUACCUGAGUUUUGGUGACUUUGACAACAGCUGCGUCGCAAGAGGAAGAGACAGAUGUUGGAGAUGCAAUUUUGCCAAGUAGUGUAAUUGCUGAAGUCCUCGUUCUUGUCAUAUUGCUAAAUCUAGAAUGCUUGUUCUAAAGAACAUGAUGUCACUGUCAUAUACACCGUUUCUGUUGACUUUGUACUGAGACAGACACCAAGUGCACCCACCGAGGCUGUAACAACUUCAGAAAACCAGUUUCAACAUUUCAGCCGAGACGCUUUUUGUUGUGCUUCGAAUUAUUAUUAUUAUUUUUUUUCCAAUUAGAAGAUAUUUGAGGGAUAAGCAGAUAGGAGCUCAAUUUGUGUUACAGAUUUCUUGGACCUGCUUUUUUCUUUAAUAUUUGAUUUGUAGAUAUUUUAAUAUAUUGUUUAUUUAGAAGCCCUAAGGAAACCAAAGUCAAUAGAACGUUUUUAAAGAUUUAACUUCUUAAAACUGGAAACCACUUUGUCAGUUUCACGUAUUUUUUUCUUAAACUUACGUAAUAAAAAAUGUGAAGGUUUUUCUUACGAAUAUCUCACACAGCAUAUUUGAAAGGAAGCAUCAAAUGAUUGUUAGAAACCAUCCCCGCUUUUUCUGGAAAGGUAGCGAGGUAAUUAAAAUCAAUGGCCUGUGAAAAUAUCAGAUGUGAAAGGGGUUUCUUUGCUCAAAAUGAAAGUUCCGAGCUACUGUAUAUUCUGUGUGAUCAGGAUGUGAGACUGGCAGAUAAAGUAAUGCCUACUUUAAUAUUUUACAGAUCUUCCGGUGUUUUCAUUAUUUCCGUAUCGUCAUAAAAGUCUUUGAGCUUAAGGAAGCCUCGACUCUGCCAUGAAUGAAAAGAUGGGGCUUCAGCUUUAACUGAUGCUGAGUUUACUAAUAAAAGAAAAGAAUAACUUAGCUGUGGCAGUAAGUGCUCUGUCGGGGGGAAGUUUGUCAAGCACUGACAGUAAAACUGAUGCUUUUCUAAAGCAUUGGCAUAGCCUCCAUAACCAGUAAUCCAGUGAGGCAUUUUGCAUGUAGUUAAAGUCUGUCUGCAAGCACUUUGCAGUGACUGCGGUCCUGGUCUCUGCAGCAUCCUCAGGAGUAUCUGUCUGGCUUCUGCUGAAGUGUACGGGGGAGCAGGAUUUCAUUCACUGUACUUUACUUUGUAAGAUGUGUAUCACAUAAUUUCACUCAAGGAGUAUCUGAUUCUAUGAUUUUAAAUGUUAAAUCAGUUGAUCAACAACUGGCUGUAAAGAAGCUGUUACAGCGUGCUGCCAGCUUAUGCCUUCACAGGAGAAGCUGAUCUGUGGACUCUGACGGAGACUAGGUGAGAGUUGAAGAUAAAACUUAGAAGGAAUCUAAUCUGAAACCCUGACCCCGUUGAUCCACAUGUGAGUUGUGUAUGGGGAGUAAUGCCUGGUCCUUAAUAGACUUCUCCUGUGCUCCAAACUGGAAAGCCGUUCACAUCUUCCAUUGUUUGCUGUAUGACUCUGGGCACGUUGGAUAAACACUCUGCCUCGGUUUCCCUGUCUCAACAUGGGAAUAAUACCUACCUCACAGGGGUGUUGUGAGGCUCAACUCUUGCGUGACGAGCUCUGAGAUCUGUUACUGGAAGGCGCUGGAAGGAGCGUGGGAUACUAAACUGUGUUAGAGUUUGCUCCUUCAAAUGUAUUACAAUACCCAGGCACAGAGGAGGGAACCGAGGAUAGUUUUGGCCUUACAAAAUUCUUUGAUGCUGUGGUUUUCAGGUUUUCAACAGUAUUUAAGUGUAGAUUUUUUUAAAAGAAUGUUUUGUUAGCGAAGGGAAUGUAGCUUUGCCUCCAGACACAGAACACUUUGCUAGUUUGCAUUUCCAAUAUGCAUCUCGUAUGCUAAUCGCUCAUAAGUAGUUCAGAAUAGUCUGCUGCUCAUCAGUCCUGGGUUGGCCCGGGUUGUGUCAGUGGUCUUACCCAACCUCUCAGCGGAGCGUUGCAGUCAACUCUCGAUUAUCCAUGGGUGGAUGACCAGUGUUGUGUGCUGUAGUCAAUGCCGGUGCAUGGACACAAGGGAGAAGUAGCAGGGCCCCGCUCAGCUCGGGGCAGUGGUGCUUCUCAGGCAUCGCCGAGCGUGUUCUGUUUCUGCUUGUAUAGUCUGAUGAACUAACUUAAAUAUGUUAAUAGAGUAUUUAUAUAUGGUUUUGUUCUGUCUGAAUUAGCUUAACUCUUCCUCCUGUUACCUGUAUAUGAUCUAGAGUUGACUGUUAAAUGAGAUCUUGUAUGAGACUACAUUUGCAAAAUAUGCUACUACUGCUAGUAUACUACAAAGUAUUAUCCAAGUAAAUUUUGAAAUGAACAAAGUGCUAUUUUUAUUUUAUUUUUUGAAACGUGUAUUCUUGCUUUCUAUGGGAAACUUCCAGUAAUUAUUUUGCUUGCUAGUUUAAAAUUGGUCUCAGUCUUUAGUAUGAAUGAUGGAGGUGCUGCUGUGUAUCACUGAUGCGCCAUAGAACUACUGCUCUUAGGUUUAUGAGAAAAAAAGAGAACAACAGAAGCACACAGAGGGAUGAUGGUAGCACUGACAGGCCCAACUUCCUUCUCUCCUGUUGCUUUUAUAAAGAGAGCAACUGUUAAGUCAUGCGAGUUGCCUCCAUUGCUUAACACUAAGUAAAUGCACCCAAGUAGAUGGAAUUGUGGUCACUAAUUCCAAUGUAACUAUUUAAUCUUUUUGUGCCAGAAGUCAUAUUUUUCUAUUACUGUGUCCAUUGCAGGCAAUGGCUAGUUUAAAACACACAAAGCUCUCCCCCACCUUAUUUUUGUUACUGGGACAGGACAUGAAUGUGAUGCUGAAGAUGCUGUCGCUGAUGGGGGGGCACGUGGAGCUGCGCAGCCUCUCUUUGUUGUGUGACAUGUGUGUUCAGCAGCAGCUGCUGCGAAUGGGGCCCUUCAGUCUCUUCAGCCUGAUUCAUUCCCUGGCAGUACAAGGCCGUCAGGUGGCCGUACUGCAGCACGAACACAGUUUUUGUGCUCGUUCUGGCUGCGUUAGACCCAACAAGACAGCUGACCUGUCUGUGGUUACACGGACCACAUCUAUUCUGGAAAUCAUAGUUCCAGGAUACCGAGAGCCUUCAAAGGCACUGCGCAAUCUGUCCUUUUUUUCCACAAGGCACAGAACUAGUGGAUCUCCUGUCAGUGAGCAGCACAGCGGUGGGGAGCUGAUUGUAUUGUGUAUCACAUUCCUGAAUUUUUAAACGAAUAAUAAAAAUACCACAACUAUGGAACACCGACUUUAAGGAAAAAUAAGUUUGUAUUUCAGUGUCUAGAUUGUUUAUUCUUCUGAUUAAAUGUCAGAGAUGUGCCAAACGCCGCUGGUUGACAUAUUUUCUGUUUAGUACGUCUCAUCCAGAAACACGCUGUUUGGAAUCACCACUUAGGCCGUACCUGUGCAGAGAUGCAGGGGUGAUGUGGGGGCUGCCCACAGCAUUGCAUUGCACAGACUACUUUAGAGGAGCAAAUUGCUUGUGUGGAGCUCCUCGUAAUAAUUUAGCUGCUUGCUUUCAGCAUCCGCUGUAGGCUCUUGGUAGUACCCUUCAUUGCUGCCCUGUGGAAUUCAGUAUAGACAGACGCGUAGUUAUGUAAAAAGCAAAACUAGCUCCAACUUGUGACUUCCUGAAAGUCAUGGCAAGGGCUCAGUCCUGCAAAUUUCUGUGUUCAAGAAUAGUUUCAUAGGGCUGACGAGUAGCUACUUGUAUGCGAGGAAUUACUUGCAGAGUGAGCGCAGAGCUUCUGCCAGGCAGCCUGCCUCCUGGAGAGCUGCAAGUACCUGCAUUUCCGGGCUGCUAUACGAUGGUUAGUGUUGUGGUGAUUCUCAGUGUGCUGCAAAAACCAGUUUGUUGCAAUUUCCACAGCUUAUCCCAGGGCUUAUUCAUUUUUUUUCCACUCUCCAAAAAGAAAGAAAAACCCGAUGAGUGUCCUCAGGCUCACUAACAAAUUUAGCUGAACUGAUGUUGCUUUGUGCUUCUGAAAUGGGGCUGCCCGAGUUUAUUAACCACCGACUGGUGGAGUUUGAGGCGGAGGGAUAAAGAUUCCUGCCAUUCCCCUGCCCCCUGCUCUGCCUGCACUCCCUAAUCUCUUCAGCUAUGGCGAGAGUGGGGGGCAGAGGGGCUGGAUGUUCCAAGUUCCACACGGAGGGAAUAGGGAAUACUGCUAACUAUUUUUAAUAACAGAUAAACAUGCUCUGCCUAUUUUAGUUCCACAGCACAGCAUCAGUUACUCCCUUUUCGGAUAUGUAUGUAAGUUGUUCGGCUCCGUAUUAAUUUUGGCUUUUUCUCUGCUAGACGGAAAGAGGCGGAUGCUCCAUGUGCCUGAGCUAAAGGCAGGCUUGACAGUUUUCCAAAUCAAACGUAGCUUUGCUGAUAACGGGAGCUGUGAUUAUCCCUUGUAACCUUUGCUCUGUGUGGUUAACUGCCUCUGAACUACAGUAGCACAUUUUAACAGGCUCCUGUCUGUAUUCCUUUUGCAUUCGCAGUGUUAUCUAAAUAGUUUAAGAGCAAAACCACAAUAUUGAAGAAAUAGGUUUUAUCUGUGUCUCCAAAAAACACAUGGGAUUCAUUUGGCUUUUUCUUUUCUUUUUUUCCUGUAUCCUGGAUCUUGUUUCUGAACAGUAUUGGAAUAUAAUUGGCAUAGCCAGAUUUCAUUGCUGAAUUUGCUUUUGGGCUUCUUUUAAAAUAAACUCAAAUGUUCUAACUUUUUCUUAAAUCUGAAAUAUUAAAGUCUUGAGAAAAUAAAUGGAGCUUUUGAACAUCAA